CCAAAUACCAACAAAUCGGCAAUUGAUGAAAGAAUAAAAUUGAGUGACUGCUAGCUGAGUUAUAACUAGAUCUCAACCGCACCCUUAUAUAUUCUUAUCGUAUCCUAGCCUUGAUCAUGGUCGUUGCAAUUGCUGGUGCCACAGGAAGCCUUGGACAGUUCGUCACGGCUGCUUUCCUGAACACACCCUUCCGAGGGAGUUUCCAAGAGGUUCGCAUCUUGACACGAAACCCAGAUACUCCCAUCGUCCAAGAAUUCCAAAAAGCUGGCGCUACAGUCAUCAAAGUUGAUUUUACUUCUAAAGAACGCUUAGAAGCAGCUCUAAAAGAUGUCACAAUUGUAGUCGAUGUCUUGGGUGGUAAAGGAGACUCAAAUCAACAGAAGGAUUUACUAUUAGAUGUCAUUUCAGGUUUAGAUUCAGUCAAGUAUUACAUUCCAUCUGAAUUUGGGAUUGAUACUCGUCAAGUUCAAUUCAAAGAUCCAAAAAUCGAGUGGAAUCUCAAAAUCAAACGUGAGAAGAAGGCUAGAGAUCUUGGCAAGUUUCGGGUAAUCAGCUUCAUCACCGGUCUGUUUUUAGAAAUCACAUUUGGGCCAUGGUUGGGAUUCGAUGUUCAAAAUCAAGUUUUCACUGCGGUGGAAAAAACAGACGUACCAUUCAGUCUGACUUCUAAAGUGGAUAUCGGUUUAGCAGUUGCCUCAAUUGCUUCUCUCGCUGUUAAGGGGGCAGGCAAAGAAAUUCCUGAUCACGUUAUCAUCAGUGGUAUUACGACCACUACCAAGCUAGCCGCAGAAUUAUUUAGCAAACAUGGCAGUCUUCCCCAGGACACUGAAUCGGCUGAAAAACCUAGCAUCAUUCAAAAGAUUGCGGAUAGUGUUACUCCCCACCAUUCCCACCAUCAGUCAAUCAAAGUGGAAACAAUUCCACUUGAAUCUUUCAAGGCUGAGCUAGACAAACCACCAGAAAUCAGUAUGCUCGCGUGGUUACGAUUCUUGAUCUCCGAUGGAAAAUUGGAUUUCGGAAGUGAUAAUCAUAACAAGCUAGUCAAUCCGAAUUCAGUUUGGAAAUUUACUACAUUGGAAGAAUACAUUAAAAGUGUCAAUGGAAGACCAUUCUGCAAUGAUUUCGUUCCAGAUACGCGCACAGCCAUGGAACAAAUUCAAGCCAAAAUAGGAUUACCCGAAUUAACGCCUGGCCACUUUACAGCGGAUGUUGGUCAGACUGCUGAGAUACCCAAGAUUGGGACCGAUCAAACUUCUUUACCUUGAAAGACACGGUGGACUUUCUUCUUGUAUUGAACAACUCUUGUAUAUUUUGCAAUUUUGAAUGGUACAAGUUUGUCACU